AUGUCGAACGAAAAAAUGAAGGAGAAAGAAGAGGCUGAGCUGGCUCAAGAGGACGAGCUUGCACGGGCAAAUGGAGCGGAUGCCGCCAUGGCAAUCUCCAAAUCCUUAGCUUGUCUCAUCUCUGCCUUCCUCUUUAUUUCCAUGAUUCAAGCUCAUGCAAAGAUCAUCAAUACUAAUGGGAUUGGAGAGUAUGCUCUUGGUGAUGUCAAAAUAGAUACAGAUUGUGGAGCGGAAUGUUCUAGAAGGUGUUCUCUAUCAUCCAGGCCAAACUUAUGCCACAGGGCUUGCGGCACGUGCUGUGCUAGGUGCAACUGUGUGCCACCUGGCACCGCCGGCAACGACGAGGUCUGCCCCUGCUGGGCUAAUCAGACUACUCACGGCGGCAGGAAAAAGUGCCCUUAAUUAAUUAAAAAUUCUAAUCUUAAUUAAUUAUGUGUUGAAUUUAGGGUAUUUUGUUCUUUUGUUAAUGAUGUUAUCGUCCAAAUUGUUUCUUCAAAUGAUUUAAAUAAAAUCUAUUUUCAUCAUUCGCAAAUUUCCACACCAAACACCAUCUUAAUACGGUACGCUGAAAUACACCGAGUAAUUUUGAAUCAUUGAUCUACGCAUAAUAACACACA